UGUACUUCCUUCAGGCCUCACUCUUGGGACAUGGUGACCAGCGGAAAGCAGCUUGGUGGUGGAGGAGUGCCUUCGUGGAGGGACGCCUGCCCGGGUCCAGGCACACCACAGAGGAAGGACACCCGCGUUCUGUAUCUUCAGGCAGUCCUCCAGCAGGGCAGCAGACGGGUCAGCUGCUGGGUAGACGCUCAGUGUGUCUGCAGGGGCUUGCAUUUCUCCAUUUAAAAAAAAAAAAGAACAGCUGAUGUGCACCUCCAGCCUUCCUGCAGUUGGAUUUGUCAGCGACCAGCAUGGGCUCUGUGAAUUCCAGAGGUCACAAGGGAGAAGCCCAGGUGGUGAUGAUGGGCCUCGACUCUGCUGGCAAGACCACGAUCCUGUACAAACUGAAAGGGAACCCACUGGUGGAGACCUUACCCACUGUUGGUUUCAACGUAGAGCCUCUUGAAGCUCCUGGACAUGUGUCACUGAUUCUCUGGGACAUUGGGGGACAGAGCCAGCUCAGGGCCACCUGGAAGGACUACCUGGAAGGCACCAGCAUCCUUGUGUAUGUGCUAGACAGCACAGAUGAAGCCCGCUUGCCUGAGGCGUUGGCUGAGCUUGAGGAAGUCCUGGAAGACCCCAACAUGGCCGGUGUCCCUUUCUUGGUACUGGCCAACAAGCAGGAGGCCCCUGACGCUCUUCCAAUGCUUGAAAUCAGAAACAGGCUGGGCCUGGAAAGGUUCCAAGACCGUUGCUGGGAGCUCCGGGCUUGCAGUGCACUCACAGGCCAGGGGCUACAGGAAGCCCUGCAGAGCCUGCUGCACUUGCUGAGAUCCUGCUGAAACACAGUAACCUGUGACUCGAGGCUGGAGCGGGACAGGGAUCCGACCAGCCGGACCCCCUGAGCAGGUGGAAGAGCUUAUCCUUGCUUCUAUGAACAGGAAGGACCAGCUGAUCCUUGAGAAACUGCAGCUCAGUUUGCCACACAAGACAUCCUUUUACUCUUGGACAGGAUAUUUUCUUCUCAGGACGUGCUCACGGUGGCACUUGUGCUGAAAACCAACUGUUUUGUUGUUGUUGUUGUUGUUGUUUUUUAAAUAAUAAUAAUAGCUGGGGGGAUAUAAAAACCCUCGAAAUACCUCAUGAAAUAGCUCAGGACCAAGUGUGAAUGCAACCAAGUUGGCGACAAUAACUGAGAACCAAGUUCACAAUGGAGAGGAAGUCUCAAAACUGCAUCUGAGUGUCACCUGGACCUGCUGUCUUCAGGAGCGGUUCUUCCUGCUGCCUCUGGGCACAGGCCAUUGUCACUCUCCCUACAGUGCGCUGGGCAGGCGGCAGAGGGGGCCGUUCAGCUCACACAAUUUCACCCUGCUCUCCAACUCAAUUAACUCCUCUCUGCCCUCCACUCUAUGUUGUAAAAAAUAAAACU